AUGGUGGCAAUACCCAUUACCAGUAAUCGCCACUCGAUGGACACUGAGCCAACCGAAGGCAGUCGCACCUAUGCCAUCAUCGUCUGCGCUUUUGCGUCGCUCGGAGGGUUUUUCUUCGGCUAUGACCAAGGUGUGACCUCCGGCGUAUUGAUCAUGGACUCGUUUCUAAACGACUACUGUGUCGGGUGGCACAAUUUCACUUAUGAAGAGUGUACACGUUCCACCUCCGACCUUCCUGGGCAAUGGACGACCUUCACCGUGUGGUACAAUAUGGUAUACAACCUCGGUUGUCUGGUUGGCGCUCUGAUCGGCGGCUACGUCGCCGACAGGUUCGGUCGUCGAGCAACGAUCUUCUCCGCCGGUAUUCUGUUCUGUAUCGGAACGACCUGGGUGUGUCUGAACCCCGCGCAGGACCACACACUCAUGUACAUUGCGCGUGUCGUGCAGGGCUUCGGUGUCGGUAACUCAUCGUUCUCGCUCCCGCUGUUCGGAUCCGAGAUGGCACCAAAGGAGCUUCGAGGACGUCUGUCCGGUUUGAUGGUGUUCCCGGUCACUUUCGGCCAGUGGCUCGCUAACCUGAUCAACAUCCUGGUGGAGGACAACAAGCACGGCUGGCGUAUCAGUAACGCCGUGGCCAUGAUUCCUCCGGUGAUCGUCAUGUGCGGCAUCUUCUGCGUGCCUGAGAGCCCUCGAUGGACGUACCAACAGAAGGGCAAGGAGAAAGCCGAGGCGGUUCUAAAACGUCUGCGUCAAACUGACAACGUUCGUCACGAGCUCGAAGCUAUCGGAGAUCAAAUUGCCCAAGAAGAGGCGGAAGGACUGGGACUUAAGGAGCUCUGGGAGCCGUCGAUCCGUAAGCGUGUUAUUAUCGCCAUGGUGUUCCAGCUUGGACAACAAGCGACAGGUAUCAACCCAAUUAUGACCUACGGUUCGCUUAUCUUCAAGGACAUCACGGGUGCCGGAAUCUACGCAUCACUACUGCUGAGUGGCGUUAAUUGCCUAAGUACUAUGCCCGGUUUGUUCAUGUUGGACAAGUUUGGUCGUCGACAAAUGGCUCUCAUUGGAGCCUGCGGCAUGUUCUUAGGUCACUUAUUCGCUGCCGUUCUGUUCACGGCGAUCUGCGACGGUAACGUCGACGACUCCGGUUGUCCCCAGGUUGGAGGCUGGUUUAUCUGCAUUGGAAGUGCAUUCUUUGUCUUCAGCUACGCCGUGUCGUGGGGUGCAGUGCCCUGGAUUUACUGCUCCGAGAUCUUCCCCAUGAACGUGCGAGCGACGGCUGUGUCCCUAUCAACGGCUGCCAAUUGGGUCGGCGGUGCGCUCAUGACGGAAAUUGUCAAGCUGUUCCCACACCUGAACAUCAACGGCGUCUUCUUCCUGUUCGCUGGACUCAGUGUGUGCUGUGGUGUGUUCGUAUACUUUUUCUGCCCGGAGACUAAGGGUCUUCUUCUCGAGGACAUUGAAGAGCUUUUCCACUCGCGCACUAGUGCCAAAUCACCUGCAUACGUCGAGGUCAAGUCUCCGGUCGUCGUAGCGUAAAAACAUCCCGAUCCACAGGCUCAAAAACGAGUGUGUGUAGGUUGAUCAUCAGUCAAAAGUACCAGAAACCUGUAGUGCCAUAAAACCAAAAAUAAAACCCACAAUUCAGAUUUGAAA